UUCAUUUCAGUCACACCCCAGAGCAAGAAGAAAAUUCAAAUGGAUUAAAAUGUGUCCGUAUCUGAUCCUGGUGCUUCUGUUUGCAGCACAAACAGAACAAAGUCUCACUUCCGUCACUGUGAGAGAGGGAGAUGCAGUGGCUUUGUCCUGCGAGAGCCAGAUAGAUCAGGUUAAAUGCAACCGUACCACCUGGCUUUUAACUAGUCGUAUUGGGACAAAUGCAACAGAUCUGGUUAAGUUUGGGCAGAUUAAUAAAAAUCAGCUUUCUGAAGCUAAAUCAGACAGGAUGAGUGUUGCAGUGAACUGUUCUCUGAUGAUUCAGAGAGUCGCAGCUGAGGAUGUUGGCAGUUACACCUGCAUGCAGUUGAGUUUCUCUGGACAAGAACAAGCUCAACACACAGAGCUGUCCGUUGUUAACAUUACUGAACAUAAGCACUCUGAUCAGGUGAAGUUAAGCUGUGCUGUUUCAACCUACAAACACUGCAAACACCAAGUGAAAUGGCUUUUAAAUAAUCAAGCAAUUGAUAAAGAAAACAACAAUCUGAAGAUUAUUAACUCAAAUUGUUCAGCCAGCGUGACCUUUUCAACUUCUCAUUUCAUUACCAAAUCAAAGGAUUAUAACAUACUGAAGUGUGAGGUGACAGAAAGCCCCACCAACGUGCAGCAUUAUACCGUCAGGUCUCCUGCUUCAGGAAAAAAAAAACAGUCGUCUGGAGAUGAAGUUCCAGCAGUAAAACCAUCGUCUGGAUCGUGGUGGGUGUACGUCAUUGUGACCGUGGGCGUGGCGGCUCUUUUAACAGCUGCUGUGCUACUCGUACGAUGGAGGAAAACCACCGGGAAAAGAACACAGACGGAUGAAGCUAUGACUGAUCCCGAGGAAGGCGUUUCAUACUCCUCCAUCAUUCACACAAAGAAGACCAGCGAUAAAAAUCAGGUUCGGGGAAGUGAUCAUGCAGUGACCUACAGUACUGUCAAAGUUGGAGCAUCCACUGAUCCCAGCAGUGUCUACGCUAUUAUUGAUUAGCAAACAAAUGAGACCAUCUCACGAUUUUGAUGAUGACACAUUUAUUUACCUGGACAGCUCAUGAGUUUAGAUUUUGGUUGGUAUUACUGCAACUGUGUACUGUUUCUCCAUUUAAAAUCUGUAUAAGAUAACAAAAUAGGAUAUGAGAAUCCUCAUUUGAAAGACUUGGCCGUUUGUUCCUGUAGAGACAUAUUUUGUCCAGAAGGGGGAGCUAUAAACGAGGCUACUGCAACAGUAGCUCAAGUUGACGUCUAUAUGCUGAUUCCCAGAAAAAUAUGAUGCAUUUAACUUAUUAAAUUUAAUGAUUGCAUGUA